CAAUCGUUUUCCUGCACUUUCUCCUACCAUUUAUAAAGUUCGGAUCAUAUCUCGUGCCCGUUCAGUCGUCCUGCCAACACAUGUUUGGAAUAUCGCCCCGAGAAUUGGCAGGAACCGCGUGUGAAGUGAUCGCUCGUUGAAAAAUCGUGCCGAUCUCGUGCGUCGACCGGGAUUUUUCAUUGGAUCUCUGGACAGUUCGACGAAAAAAAUAUUUUUGGUAAUAAAAAGAUAAGAAGCAGAAACAUAUUCGUAUACGUUACAUGCUGCUGCUCUGGCAGUAGAAUAUCCCGCUUAUAUUCAGACAACGCUCACUGCUGCAACCUUUCUCUCACCGUGUCGAAAAUCAUCAAUCAACCGUGCGUCAAGAGAAUCAUGAAGGGACAAAUAGAAUGGUGGACUGCAACAGCGUUCCUUGUUCUGCUAGCAACGAGAGAAGCAAGCGUAGCAAACUGCGAGAAAGUAUCAGAAGGGGACAAAUCUUUGGAUGAUUCAGUGAUCGAGGAGAAACUGUCGGAUUUAGAGGGAUCGGAAACUUUCUAUCACAACUUUGCAAGCCCGUUUCAUGUUUAUUUCUCUAAAAUUUCCUUUUUCUCCUCAGGGUGCGAAGAAUCGAGAUAUCGAACGUUCGAUGGCUCCUGCAACAACUUGUACAAUCCAACAUGGGGGAUGGCGAACACCACAUUCGGACGACUACUGCCGCCAAGAUACGGAAAUGGAAUAAACUCGCCACCAAAAUCAGUAACUGGAAGCGAAUUGCCACUCUCUCGACUGGUCAGUUAUACGUUAUUUCCCGAUAACGACGUCGAUGAUCCUAUAUGGACACUGGUAGCGAUGCAAUAUGGACAAAUUAUCACCCACGACAUGUCUUUGGCAGCUGGCAAUUCCCAAUCGUCGCCGCAUGCUACGCAAUGCUGUACCGAUGAUGGGCAGGUGAUAGAACAGAUGCUAUCUCGUGACUCAUGUUAUCCCAUAAUUACACCGUACGCCGAUCCCGUCUACAGCGAAGCCAACAUAAGAUGUCUCAAUUUCGUUCGUAGUGCAACCGACCUUGACAAUGAUUAUACAUUUUCAUUCAAACCAGCAGAACAGUUGAACGACGUGACACAUUUCUUGGACCUCUCUCUGGUUUACGGGUCCUCCGACCAGUUGGCGAAUAAUUUGAGAGCUGGUGUCGGUGGGCGCAUGGCCAUCGAUAUACGACGAAACAGAGAAUGGCCACCUUCGGCAGCCAAUAAGUCUACAACGUGCGAUAUCACAAGUCCCAACGAAGUUUGCUAUCAGGCUGGCGACGUUCGUGUCAAUCAAAAUACUCAGCUGACUGUUUUGCAAAUUAUACUACUUAGAGAGCAUAAUCGCAUUGCCGAUGCUUUAGCUCGUAUUAAUCCUCAUUGGACGGAUGAGACAAUUUUCCAAGAAGCACGGCGUAUUGCGAUCGCAGAACAUCAACACAUUUCGUAUUACGAAUGGCUGCCGAUAUUUUUGGGUACAAGCAGCACAUAUGGCAACAACAUUUUAUACGAUACUACCGAUUACGUGAACGAUUACGAUCCAGACGUAAAUCCAAAUGUUUUCAAUGAGCACGCGACCGCUGCUUUCAGAUAUUUCCAUUCUCUUAUCGCUGGUUUCCUCGACUUGGCGAAGGAAGAUCGAUCUUCAAACGCUGCCUUGAGGCUCAGCACUUACAUGAACAAACCGUCAAUUAUCGAGGAAAACGACAAUAUGGCCGAUUUGACGAGAGGCAUGUCUUUUCAGUCAGAAAAAGCCAGCGAUCAAUUCUUUGACGCAGAGAUUACGCGAUACUUAUUCAGAAACGGAAAACCACUGGGGUCUGAUCUUCGUGCGACUGAUAUUCAUAGGGAUCGCGAUCACGGUCUCGCAUCGUACAACGACGUUCGUGAACAUUGCGGUCUACCGAGGGCGACCGAUUUCGACGACUUCACAGAUUACAUUUCCUUCGAGAACGUAAAGAAGUUGGCCAGUUUGUAUGCCAGUCCUGAUGACGUCGAUUUAGCUGUCGGGGGAGCAUUAGAAACUCAUGUCCAAGGACUUACAGGUCCUACGUACUUGUGUAUUUUUAUUAAGCAAUUCUAUCGAACACGAGUGGGCGAUCGUUAUUGGUUCGAAAGUGGUGACCACAAAUUAGCGUUCACUAUAGAGCAAUUGAAUGAAAUUCGAAAAUCCAGCAUAUCCAGACUACUCUGUGAUAAUGGCGAUGACAUCGUAAAUAUGCAGAAACAAGGAUUCAAAAAAGUCGAUUCUUCUAAUCCUAUUAUGAGCUGCGACAACAUUCCAUCCGUAAAUCUUUUAUUGUGGAAAGAUUUCGCUCCGGAACUGGGGAAUCAUGAGAAAUCUACAUUUCCGUUUUUUAAGAGAUAAAAAUCUAUUUUCCCCCCCGUAGAAUUGCCAUUACCACAUAUCAAGUGAUGCCAAAUAUCAAUUUAUUAAACACAAUUUUGAUAAUUAUUAACGUAAAGCAGACCUGAAUGAAAUGUUAGACUUGUCCGAAUAAUAAUAUUUUAAAUAAAUAUUUCAAAUAA